AUGUCGCCUCCACAGAGCGACGUGAAGGUGAUUGGCCAAUACAAAGUUGGCUCUGAGAUUGGCCGCGGGAGCUUUGCUAGCGUCUACAAGGGGGUGAAUGUGGACACGCGGACCCCUGUGGCCAUCAAGUCGGUUGUGAGAUCCUUGUUGAAGAACAAGAAGCUCCUUGAGAACUUGGAGAUUGAGAUUUCGAUCCUAAAGGACUUGAAACAUCCGCAUAUUGUGAAGCUGUUGGACUACCAGCAAACUGAAACACAUUUCCAUUUGAUUAUGGAGUACUGCUCUUUGGGAGAUUUGUCCUUUUUCAUUAGGAAAAAGGACCAGCUAAUACAGAAGCAUCCGUUGGUUAAAACGAUGUUCAACAAGUACCCCUCUCCAGAGAACUCGAACGGGUUGAACAAGAUAUUGGUCCUGAAUUAUUUGAAGCAGCUCUCGUCGGCUUUGGAGUUUUUGAGAUCUAAGAACUUGGUUCAUAGAGAUAUCAAGCCCCAAAAUUUGCUACUUGCGCCUCCAGUUUUCGAACAAGAGGUAUUCGAAGAACGUGGAUUUGUUGGGUUGCCGGAACUGCCCAUCUUGAGGAUUGCAGACUUUGGGUUUGCAAGAUUCUUGCCAAACACUUCUUUGGCUGAAACACUAUGCGGGUCUCCUUUGUACAUGGCUCCAGAGAUAUUGAACUAUCAGAAGUAUACGGCAAAGGCAGAUUUAUGGUCAGUGGGUGCAGUCUUGUACGAGAUGAGCGUCGGAAGACCUCCUUUCAGAGCUUCAAACCACUUGGAAUUAUUCAACAAGAUCAAGAAGUCCAAGAACAGGAUACAUUUCCCAAGUGCGGUAGCAGAUUCAAUAGACCCUGGGAUCAAGAAGUUAAUCUGUUCCUUGUUGAGAUUUGAACCAACAGAGAGAAUGGGGUUCCAGGAAUUCUUUGAAAAUGACAUUGUCAAUUACGAUUUGAAUCUACUAUUGGAUGGAGUUGACAAGGAUAUAAGCUUAGAACCUUCACAGGUUAAUGAAAACUUGUUUAUAUCUGAAUACAUCGGUAACGGUGCAAUUAUUGAUAACAAAGUGGACCAACCUGAGGAAGCCCUGGAGGAAAGAGAAGAAGAUGAUACACAGCAACAAGAAGUGAAUAACACACAUAACUCAACUUCUAAGGCUACUACCCCAGUUCCUACAGUCAAACAGAUUUCCACACGUGAUAUUCAACCAAUCUCAGGACAACAGACCACGCGUCGCUCACUAAACACGCAAGUGCCUGCGGUGAAGACAGCACCUUUCAGACUUUCUAAAUUACAAUCAUCUGACCUGGUUGUUGAGAAGGAAUACGUUGUCGUUGAAAAAACCGCCGUUGAAGUGAAUGCUCUGGCUGAUGAGUUGGCUAACGCUGGUAGCGGCGCAGGUGCGAUUGCCCUGCCAAACCAGUAUUACACAACUCAGCGUCGUCGCUCAUCUCGUGGAUCCUCUGGAGGAUCCUCAAACGGCAGAAGACCUUCAUUUGAUCGUCGUACUUCCAUCUCAAUCUCACCAACAAAUGCAUUAUCGAAGGCGUUGGGGUUGGCAUCAACAAGGUUGUUUGGUAAUCAGAGUACUACAGCGACACAUUCUACCGGAAGUGCACUUUCAAACAUCAACAGUUCGAACAACUCCUUCACAAACAACAUCAUCUUGAAUUCAACAAACCACAUCAUUAACUAUAACAACUUCAAGACACAAGGCGGUGAUGAUAUCGUUUCACAACUUGAGUCUUUAGCCACAAAGGCCCAUGUCGUCAACUUGUACGCAGAGGUCAAGUUCUCACAGUUGAUCCCAUCACCACCAUCAGCAAACUCGUAUGCUAUUGAAGAAGAAGAUGAAGAUCCGGCAGAUUACCUGAACCAUUUGCCACCUGAGGUUGUCAAGCAACUGGCUGAUGAAGCUGUUCUUCUAUAUGUUAAAACGCUGUCGUUAUUAGCAAAGGCUAUGAACAUUGCGUCCGAAUGGUGGCACAACAAUUCCAAUAACCCGUCACAACGUCUGAAUGAGAUUGUUCAAUGGAUAAGAGAACGAUUCAACGAAGUCCUGGGGAAGGCGGAGUUUGUGAAGCUGAAGUUGCAAGAAGCCAAUAAAAAAUUGAGGGAGACUAACCCUGACCUUAAAGAUGAGAAGAUCUAUGCAGAACGUUUAAUUUAUGACAGAGCUUUGGAGAUUGCCAAAAACACCGCCAAAUCUGAAAUCAAUGGAACUGACCUGCUGGGCUGUGAGCUGGCUUAUUCCACCAGUAUUUGGAUGUUGGAGGCUUUACUCGAUCAAGAGGAGGGCAAUGAAAAAUUGGAGGAAACUGAUAGGGAAAUGGUUGAAAAGUAUAUUGAAAGUAUAUCAAACAGAUUGGCGACUCUAAAGAAGAAAUUGGAAAACGCUCAGAAGAUAUAA